AUGCGUCGCUACCAAUCUCUCCCAUUUCUGGCCUCAGUCCUGGUGACCCCAGUUCUUGCAGGACCAGGUCAAGAUCUCAACGCAAUCUGUAAAUCCACCGAAGGCGUGUAUGGUUGCGAAGAAUACAUCGAAGUUCCCUAUGGCUCAGAGCCCAUCACAGCAUGCUUCGACACAAGUCCCUGCGGUGUCAAGGUUCUGACCACUAACCGCAACAUAUGCGACUUGGUCGAAGCGGCUUUGCCCAGGGAUGCCAAUUACAUUGGCGGUUAUACUGCAUGGUGCCGUCGGGCACCGGAAGCUAUGACUGCUAUCAAGACCGACAAAUCUGUAUGGGUCGAUGGUAUACUCAAGGAUGCAGAGUACAUCCCCUUGGCUCGUGCUCUUGGUAUCGAGGAGGAACUGACAGGUCAAGGUCGUACAAUUCAGAACAACAAAGCCUCUGUUCUUACCGACCAACUUGGGAACAAGGAUGGGUGGACGGUUCUCAAAGCAGGAGAGAUAACUACACCAAAGUACUUUGAAUUGGUCGAACGUCUAAUCGCCUAUCAAACUUGUGUUUCGAGUGACUGCUGGGAGAGUUCACUUCAGAAUGUCAUGAACUGGUUCAUCGAAUGGAUCCCUCGAGGCGCCGAGAUCAAAAACGGCAAACUCAAUACCAUGCUCAAGGAUUGGGAAAAGACUUUUUCUACUCCAUACAAGAACCGGAUCUCUGCUAUCAAGUCGGGAGCUAGCACAGUCCAGACACGAGUCAAGGCCGUUUCCAGCAAAGUCGACUCCAUCAAGAAGAGCAUUUGUGCGAAGAAUGCAUGCAAGGGCAAGACUGCUUCCACGUAUCUCAAGAACGUUGCGACUACUCUCCAAGCUAUCAAAGACCUGUCGAAUAUCGUUACUGCUGCGAAUACAGCAGACGAGAAGAGAAAAUAUAUCUACUACAACUUUCUUGGGAACAUCCAAGCCUCGUACAACCUUCCACCUGACAUCCUUGCUCCCAAUAACCUAAACGAUCUCCUCGACGACGGCAAAUUGAACACUCUUCGCGGUAUCAUUCAUGGAUUUGGCACGGUAACUUCUGAGCUGCCUAUGUACGCACUUGACAUCAAGAGAAACCUAAUCCCUCUUAUCCUCCUCACCAAGCACGAGAGCAGAGUCCGCGAGGCGCUGAAGAAGGUCAACAAUCAGCUUAGCCCGAACUGGAAGAACAACAAAGAGCUUUCCAAGACUGCUUCGUCUCGCAAAGUCCGCGAUGGCUUUAUCCAGAUCCAGUCUAUUUUCAAGAAGGAGCUUACAGGGUCGCUCACUACUCUUAUCAGCGCCAUAGACGCUUUCAACAAGGACUUUUCCAAGUUUCCUUUGAGAGGAAAUAAGAUGGAGAUUACAUGGGGCGCUGCUCCUUAUGAUCGUUGGGUGAACCUUCAGUUCAAGUAUCCGUGCAGAAAGGAAGUCACAGAGACAUUCACCGAAGAAGGCUUCUCUGAGGACUUUACGUGGUCGAAGUUUAGUCCUUGCACAUUUACUGCCCAGAGGGUCGAUCUUCCAAAGGGUUGGAUCCCUUAUCUCAAAUAUCGGUUUGUCAAGGAAUGA